AUGUCCACCAUGCAGCCGUCCAGUAGCGAGUUUAUUCUGCCGAGCCGCUUUACUACCGUGCGCCCGCUCACCUGGUGUAUCGUGAUGGACGACACGAAGAGGGCGCUGGCCGCACGCUACGGCGGUGAGUUCUUUCCGCAGCAGCUGCCGGAUGCGGUGACCCUCUGCAGCCGUGACCAGCGCAUGCGCGAGGCGGCACGGGGAUGGAAGACCUUGGUGACUGGGCUCGGCGGCGGCGGAACGCGUGACACGUGCAACGAUGCGAGAGCAGCGGCCAAUGGGGUGUCGUUGUCGUGCCGCCCACAGCAGGGGGCGGGACCCUACACGGAGGCGGCGUAUUUCCUCACAGAGCGCAUCCUGAUGGUCGGAAAGAGUGCACCGUCGCGGCUGCAACGCUCCCCACCGCGCGACGGUUUCCCAAGGGAGGUGCCUGUUUCAUUGUUUCACUGA